AUGCCGUCUGGAAGAUACUCCACCCACACAGCUGCUCCAGCCAAGUGGGCAGAGACGAGAGCAGAGGUGGAGGACGCACUUCAGUCGGCUGAGAGGGCUGCACUCACCUGCGAUGGGGGGACUUCAAGGGCCACCGAGGCCUAUGUGACCUUCACCGCUCAUUCUACUGACAAGGGGUGGGAGAGGAAACGUUACGUCCUUCAGACCAGGCUGAUGAACGAGAGCCACACCGGUGCUCAUAUGGCACCUGCCCUGAAACUGACAGCUGUAGCUCGACUGCUUGCGAAGGUCCGGAGGAUUUCCGCCUCCUUCCACAGAAGCACCACAGCCGCCGAUGCACUGAAGAGAAAGCAGAGGAUGCUUGAGCCUCCUCCACCCAAGCUCAUCACACAUGCUGCCGUCCGAUGGCGCAGCGCCUAUGAGACGCGGUCCCGGUUCCUCCAGCAGCAGCCUGCUGUCUGUGCUGCCCUCCUACCUCCCGAGGUGAGAAAGAGCGUCUCUGACAUUUGCACCUUGACUGAGACAGACGUCACAAAUGCUGAAGAGGUUGUGCAAGCCCUCAAGCCGAUGCUGGCUGCAGCAAGCAUCAUGUGCGAGGAGAAGAACCCGACCAUUUCUGUCAUCGCUCCGCUUCAGGCCCAACUUCUGGGUGACACAGUCGGAGCCACUGAGGAUCCCCCUCUUGUCAGAGAGAUAAAGAACACCACCCAUCAAGACCUGUCCAAGAGAUAUGACUCCGCAGAGGAGAAGAACAACCUGGAUGUCUCGUCAGCCUUGCACCCCAGGUUUAAACUCUGCUCUUCCUGUCACCACAAGUCAUAUGCGUUUUUGCAUUAUAACCUGCAGACAUGUGUGUUCACCUCCUCUGAGCUUCCUGACAUAGAGUACAUAUACUCUAAGUAUUUCAAUAAGAUAGAAGUUAACAGGUUUAACAGCACUGUGGGGAAGUUUGUUGGAUACACUGAGUUUGGUAUCUAUAACGCAGAGCGCUUUAACAACGAUCCUGCAGUUCUGGCACGCUGGAGAGCUCAGAAAGAGAGAGUCUGCAAACCUAAUAUAGAGACAGAGUACCGAAAAACACUGGAUAAGACAGCUGAGCCCAGUGUGAGACUGACUUCAGUGACGCCCCCUGGUGGCCGACAUCCGGCCAUGCUGAUGUGCAGUGUCUACAACUUCUACCCCAAAUACAUCAGUGUCACCUGGCUGAGAGACGGACAGCCGGUGACCUCUGACGUCACUUCCACCGAUGAGCUGGCAAAUGGUGAUUGGUACUACCAGAUCCACUCCUACCUGGAGUACACGCCCAGGUCUGGAGAGAAGAUCACCUGCAUGGUGGAACACGCCAGUUUCCCCUCUCCUAAGAAAGUGGACUGGAAUACCUCCAUGCCACAAUCAGACAGAAACAAGAUCGCCAUCGGAGCGUCAGGUCUGCUUCUGGGUUUGAUUUUUGUUUCUCUUUCUGUUCCAGAUGCGUUUUUGCGGUAUUGCCUGGACACAUGUGUUUUCACCUCCUCUGAGCUUCCUGAAAUAGAGUACAUAGGCUCUCAGUAUUUCAAUAAGAUAGAAGAUAUCAGGUUUAACAGCACUGUGGGGAAGUGGGUUGGAUACACUGAUCAUGGUAUCCGUAACGCAGAGCUCUGGAACAACGAUCCUACAGAGAUGGCACACAUGAGAGCUCAGAAAGAGAGAUACUGCAAACCUAAUAUAGAGACAUGGUUCCAAGAUGUACUGGAUAAGACAGCUGAACCCAGUGUGAGACUGACUUCAGUGAGGCCCCAUAGUGGCCGACAUCCGGCCAUGCUGAUGUGCAGUGUCUACAACUUCUACCCCAAAUACAUCAGUGUCACCUGGCUGAGAGACGGACAGCCGGUGACCUCUGACGUCACUUCCACCGAUGAGCUGGCAAAUGGUGAUUGGUACUACCAGAUCCACUCCCACCUGGAGUACACGCCCAGGUCUGGAGAGAAGAUCACCUGCAUGGUGGAACACGCCAGUUUCCCCUCUCCUAAGAAAGUGGACUGGAAUCCCUCCAUGUCACAAUCAGACAGAAACAAGAUCGCCACCGGAGCGUCGGGUCUGCUUUUGGGUUGGAUUUUGUCUUUGGCAGGUCUGAUCUACUACAAGAGGAAGGCCAGAGGGCGUGUUCUGGUUCCAACCAGCUGA